AAUUAAAACACAUCUUAGGUGAAGCAUUUGCAUUGAAAAUGUUAUAAUCAUGCAAAUAAGACAGAGUAUGAGUUGGAGAGAUUCCUUGGAGGAGACACAGCUCUAACAUUUAUCAAAUAAUGUCUCAAUCCAAAUCUGGAUUAGUUGGCCUCAUUGAUAUGUGAUUAAGAUGAGAUUCCUUAUGUCGCCUAACAACUUUGAUAUAAAUUGAGAAGAUGCCAAUGGAAAAAUACAGAUCCAUAACUCAACUCAACAUUCAAACAAAGGCUUCUCUUUUUCUUCUCUUUAGCAGAAAAAUAAAAAUGGCAGUAAUUCCUAUAAAUACAAAAUCCAAUUUCCAUGGCCGCUCAAUCAGCUUGCCAUCUAGACCACACCCCCUCGUUCUUAAAUGCAGUCAACAUUUGGAAACCUUACUAAGCUCUUCCAAUGAAACCUCUUCCUCAUCGUCACUUUUCCAUAAGAUUGAUGGCUUGCGAGAUUUGAUCGAGUGUGUUGAAAAUUUGAUUCAGCUUCCACUAACACAAGAUGCACUUGUUCAUGAUCAGCAUCAAGAAAAUUGGGUUAAUAACCUCUUGGAUGGAUCCUUAAGGCUAUUAGAUGUGUGUAGUUCAGCCAAAGAUGCUGUAAUUCAUACAAAAGAAUGCACAAGGGAACUUCAAUCCAUCAUAAGACGAAGAGGAGGCGGAACGGAGGUCACUGCAGAGGCUAAGAAAUUUUUGACAUCUAGAAAGAUUGUGAAAAAGGCCAUCUCCAAAGCCUUGACAAAUUUGAAAGGAAAUACCAAAAAUUGCAACAUGUUAUCUACAAACAAAGACCAUCAAACAUUGUCUUUGAUUAAAUUAUUACAAGAUAUUGAAGUAGCUACACUUUCUACAUUUCAAACAAUACUGCAAUUUAUCUCAGGGACUACACAAUCAAAGUCAAACAGCUGGGGUUCCAUUUCCAAGCUAAUUCAGCCCAAAAGAGUUGCUUGCUCACAAUUGACAGAUGAAAGUGAAUUUGCUCAAGUGGAUGUAGCAUUGCAGUCUUUCAUAUUUACCAAGACGAGUAAAGUUGAAGGCAUCAAUGAUCUGCAAAACCACUUGGAGAAAACCGAGUCAUGCAUUCAAGACCUUGAAGAAGGACUCGAGUUUCUGUUUAGACGUCUUAUCAAAAUCAGAGUGUCAUUUCUUAAUAUCCUUAAUAAUUAAUAGAGUUUUUAUGGGAAUCAAAAUUUUGUAGUGAUAUAGAUACACUUGUACAUGGAAAUUAUAUAUGUAAAUGUAUAACAAUAAU